AUGGCCCCCGCAUGGGACGGCGCAGACGGUCCGUGGUCAACCUUUGACCUCUCUGUGGGUAAUCCAGUUCAGUAUUUUCGAUGCAUCGCUGGCAUUACCUCUACCGUUGUCAUUGUGCCAAAUGAGAGCGAAUGGUGCAACGACACAUGCGCUUUCUUUUACGGCGGUUCAUCAAACACCUGGGAAGGUACACCUAGUCAUCUCGUACCGUUGGCAAUUGCGGAAUACAUCAACAGCUACUCCGAUGUUAGCGAAGACAACGCCAAUCCCGAGCCUAACUUUGGCGUCGACGAUGUAUACCUCGGAAAGACUGCGCAAGACCGCAAAAUCUCCUCACAGUACAUUGCUGAAACUGAUCGGAAGCGGUUCCGACUUGGGACUCUAGGUCUCUUUCCAGGAUCGGUCGGGCCCCUAGGAGCACAACACCCUUCACUCCUCUCGUCGCUCUGGGAGUCAGGUGUCAUUCCUAGUUUGAGUCUUGGCUAUACAGCGGGCUCUGUCAAUCGCAACAGCUCAGCUAGUCUGGUCCUCGGCGGAUACGAUGCUGCACGAUUCGAUCCUGCAACGACUACAACAUUGGGUUUCUCUAUCGGACAGAAUGCGUCAUUCGGUAUACCUUUGGAUGCAAUUAGUAUAACUGGAGGCGCCUCGUGGGAGCCGGAUAAAAACAAUUUUUCUCGCCCACCUGUUUUUACAGUCGACUCCGAUGUUCCACAUAUCUGGCUACCGCAAGAAGGCUGUCAACUAUUCGAAGCAGCUUUCGGAUUGAUCUGGGACGACUCUUUGGAACUGUACCUCGUCAACGACACGACGCAUGCACGACUGUUAAGCGAAAAUCCUGAAGUAAAGUUCUCAACAGGGGUCUCAAGUAUGGAACAGCUAGUAAACUACACACUUCCCUACUCGGCAUUCGAUCUCCGGCUUACUCCUCCUUUGGGAGACAAUUCUACUCACUACUUCCCAUUGAAAAGGGCUUCGAGCCCCGCAGAGUACAUGCUCGGUCGGACUUUCCUGCAAGAAACCUACAUAUCCGUGGAUUACGAGCGCUUACUAUUCAACUUAAGUCAAGCGUCUCAUGGUAAUAGCGCCGCGGAUAUCGUGCCUAUACCUUCACAGGUGGAACCCACCCAAACACCGGAUCCGCCUCUACCUUCAGCUACAAAUAGCUCAAAAGGCCUUUCGUCAGCUGCAUAUGCUGGGAUUGGAGUAGGCGCAGGUAUCGCGGGCCUUGCAGCAUUGUGCCUCAUCAUUGUCUGGAAGAAGCGACUGGGGCCUUCCCGACGCAAGACCCCACUGGAAGACAAUCAAUACGAUAAAGGAGAAUUGCAUGGCGAGCACAAGCUGGGAAUCGAGGCUAUGGAAAAAGAGAGAUUCGAAUUAGAUGCUGGUUCGGGGAAGCACGAGGCAAUGGACAGGGAAGCAUCUGAACUCGAGACAGUGGAGAAUGCCCGCGAACUCAAAGGCUCAGGUGAAGUAGGCGUUGUGGAAGUUCAGGGUAGUGAUUUUGUGCACGAACUACCUGGCCAUCAUGAUGAUAUAGGCGUGGGAAAUGAGGGGACUCAAUCUUCUUCGUAG